CUGAGACAAAUAAACUACUCCAAUGACGUGACAAGUGUUGAAUCUCUUUAUGUUCUGCGGCAAUCAGCAUACUUGGCUGCAACUGGCGCAGCUGGAGGGUUAUAUGGUUGUAACCUCGAUUCUGUCAAUGUUGAGCGACUCUUGCGGAAUUCUUCAGAUUCUUGUAAGGAAAUCAAAAGGCUGUAUGGUUAUGAGGGCAACAUUGUUUUCACCGACAACAAAGAUCAAAAGGUUAAGACCUUUAAUCCCUCAAGUGCAACAGUCGAGACCUUGGUGGGUACUGGCCAUGAAGGAACCGUUGAUGGAACUGAAGAAAGCUGCUCAUGUACACAAGUUUAUGUAAUCUGUUCCUUGUAGAAAGUUUUUUUUGGUUCUGAUAUAAACUAGUUCUGAUAUAAACUAGUCAAACUAGUUUCGGGGCUUACUGGCACAAUUUCCUUUCUUCGCAACCUAGGAUGUCUCUAUGAUAGUUUUGGAAUUGGUGCAUAUACCAUUGACGCGGUCCAAUUAUCUCUUCAAGAUGCAGUGUGCAAUGUUUCACAGUCACUGAAGUAAGGCAGCACUAUAAAAUGAAAGAAACGGCAACAAUAAGUGGCCCUGAAGGAACUGUUUCCAGCAAAACACAGGAGUCAUUGGUGCUUCUCGAAAGAGGUAUGGAACAGCUACGAGAUAACGUUAAGAAUGUAAACGAGGACUAUCUUGGUGAUAUUGACCUGUGUACGCUGCUAACAACUCAGGUGGAGAACCUUCAUUCGGUCUCCCACUUCAAAAACGAGACUUUCACUGCUCUUCAGUAUGCUCAAGACUUUGGAACAAUUUCAAAGGAAUCUUUAAAGAGAACAACGAAGUGGGGUGCGAAGUACUUCACACUUGAGAAGUCUUAUUAUCCAGUGCCUAAAUCCAGUGUGGAGUUACGGGACUUAGAUUUGAUGAAACCUCCUCCAGCUGGUAACGUUGAUCCCAACAUUGAGGCAGCCAUGAAGGAAUUGGUUGACAGGUAUCGACCUGUCAGGCAAGGACGGUAA